AUGAAGGAGACGGUCAGCACCGUCUACUAUGAUCUUCUGCCGGAGGAGGCAAGGUACUGGGCCUCGAAGACCAUCGACCAGAGCUACGCCGUGCAGACAACACCCAUCUCCCGCGCGGCCUACAAGUACAUCCCCUCGACGUAUGUCGUGGCCGAAGAUGACCAUGCUCUUCCCUUGCAGUACCAGGAGAUGUUCGCAGCGGCCACGGGCGCUGAGGUGAAGAAGAUUAAAUCAGGGCAUUUGCCUCAGCUGAGCAAACCAGAAGAGCUCGCGGAGUUGAUAGAAGAGGCGGUGUCGGCGGAAAAAAGUACAUGA